AUGGCUCUCAAUGACCUUCCACCGAUACCAUUUGCCGAGCUUGAACAUAUUUUGCCGGACACGGUUUAUCUGCGGCGCCACUGUGUGGUUGCCCAUAUUUUACCGAAUUAUCAUACAGUUUUAUAUAUAGACGCAGAUAUGGGUGUUGUCAACCCGAAGAGAAGAAUCGAGGAGUAUAUUGAUGACAACGUUGAAAUCACUUUCUUUGAUCGUUUCUAUAACUGGGAAGUUGCGGCAGGAUCGUAUAUAGUGCGGAAUACAAAGUGGGCACAGAAUUUUCUCAAAGGUUCUGAAUAA